AUGCGUAUUUCAGCUGUCUCUCUUCUUGCCCUAAUUACAGGCUCUCUGGCUGCUCCGGCUUCCGAAAAUAGUGGCUCUCUAGACAAACGCUGCGAGUGGAAUGAUGGUCACGGCCCCAUCAGCUGUGACUAUUUCAGUAUUGUCUUCGGUGCAGAGGGACGUGAACGCUCAGAAUUCAUAAUCAAGGGCAACAACUUUGAGCAGCGAGGGUUUCCGAGAUGUGAUCCCUGGCAAGGCGGUAACUACCAGCCAUUUUUUACCCCGUUACCUUACGUGGUCAUGGUGGCUCCUGGCAAUACCUGCGAAACAAGACUCCCUGAGGCCUGGUGGGACGAUCUGCAUAUCAAGUAUUCCAGCACCUUCUUGAAUGCACCUACAGACACCCGCUGUGGACCGGUCGAGAGUGGUUGGGGCCGCCGUUGUAUUAUUGCUCAGCGCCCUUAA